AUGACUGCCAUCGCUCCCGUCUUCCAAGACACCUACUCCUUCUCCGAGGGCGCCUCCGGCCUCGCCUUUUUAGGACUCUGUCUGGGCUUCGCCCUCGGCGCCCUGCUCUGCAGCCUCCUCCUGGACCGCUACAUCACCCACCGACGCAACAGCCCCAGCCCCAGCCCGCAUGCCUCACAGCUGUCAACAUCAACCCCAGAGCAACGCCUCCCGCCGCUCUUCCUGGCUUGUCUCCUCACCUCCACCGGACUGUUGCUGUUUGGCUGGUCUGUUCACUGCAGAAUCCACUUCCUGGUCCCGAUCGUGGGGACGGCGAUGGUCGGGCUCGGGUUGGCGGCGACGUCGAUCACGGUGCAGACGUACGUGGUGGAUUCGUUUGGGGGGUGUGCAGUCAGUGCGAUCAGUGCGUUGAUGGUGGUGAGGAAUGUCACGGCGGCGGUGUUGCCGUUGGCGGGGCCGCCGCUGAUUCGGGCGGUGGGGUACGGGUGGGGUGGGACGGUGUUGGCGGGUGUGGGGUUGCUGGUGGUGCCGGUGCCGGGGUGUUGA